GUGUGCUCUCGGCCGCGGCCCCCGAAACAACAGAAAGCAGGCGGUUGGCGCUUUUAACCUUCAGAAAAGUAGUUGCGUUCAUAUAUUCCACAAGAAUAUCCAUAUUGAUGGCCAAUAUCACCUAAUAUUAUCACAGCAAAUAAACUAUAUUCGAUAUAUCAAUUUAUCAAUACUAUACCCUUCUCUGAACCGAACGCGACGGGUAGCCAGCGCAAGCUCCGUUUCUUUUUUCUGUGUGUAUGUUUUUGAUUGCAAAAAAGGAAGGCAAGCAGCCUAAGAAAAGCCAGCACAAAAAACAUUUUUCAUCUGUGGUGGCCUGGAAAAGUGUUCAGCAAAAAAUCAUAGAUAAACUUUUGUGUUUAACAGAAAAUAGAGCUAGCCAGCCAAAUAUUUACUCUAUUCACUUUUUGUUGUGUUUUUAUUGGUUGUAUUUGUUUGUUUUUGUUGCUGUGCAGCUGCCUCUCUGUGAAUGAUAAAAAUGUCAUAGACGUAUGUACUCUCUUCUGGCACUACGACCGGGCGCCAGCGUCGCCUCCAGUCAUGUACCACUACACUCGAUGAUUGCCUAAGCGAGAGAGAGCGAGGAGCGAGUGAGCGUGGGAGAAGGCGAGCGUGAUACCAAAGACAAUAGGCAACUGGAUAGAACGGGAACGAUAAUCAGGAGGAGGCAUCCGAUCAAUCAACCAUUUAAAGAACAAAAAAAAAAAAACUAAAAAAAAAGAAGACACACACAGGCAGCAUUAUGUUGAUUAAGGAGUACCGUAUACCGCUGCCCCUCACCGUGGAGGAGUAUCGGAUUGCCCAGCUGUACAUGAUAGCGAAAAAGAGCCGCGAGGAGAGCCAUGGCGAGGGCAGCGGCGUUGAAAUAAUCAUCAAUGAACCCUAUAAGGAUGGUCCCGGCGGCAAUGGUCAAUAUACGAAAAAGAUAUACCAUGUGGGCAAUCAUUUGCCAGGCUGGAUAAAGAGUCUCUUGCCCAAGAGUGCUCUGACCGUGGAGGAGGAGGCAUGGAAUGCAUAUCCAUACACAAGGACACGCUACACCUGCCCCUUUGUGGAGAAAUUCUCGCUGGACAUUGAGACAUACUAUUUCCCAGACAAUGGAUAUCAGGAGAAUGUGUUUCAGCUGUCGGGCAGCGAUCUACGCAAUCGUAUUGUCGAUGUAAUUGAUAUUGUCAAGGAUCAGCUAUGGGGCGGCGAUUAUGUGAAGGAGGAGGAUCCCAAACAAUUUAUAUCGGAGAAGACGGGACGUGGCCCGUUGGCCGACGACUGGCUGGAGGAGUAUUGGCGGGAGGUAAAAGGCAAAAAGCAGCCAACACCCCGCAACAUGUCCCUGAUGACGGCCUAUAAGAUAUGUCGCGUUGAAUUUCGAUAUUGGGGCAUGCAAACGAAGCUGGAGAAAUUCAUACACGAUGUGGCAUUGCGCAAAAUGAUGCUGCGGGCGCAUCGUCAGGCCUGGGCAUGGCAAGAUGAAUGGUUUGGCCUUACCAUUCAGGAUAUUCGCGAGCUAGAGCGUCAGACACAGCUGGCACUGGCCAAGAAAAUGGGCAGCGGUGAAGAGUGCAGCGAUGAUAGCACCUCCGAGGCAUACACAAGCACGACGGCCACUGCUGCCGCCUCAACGGGUGGCAGCGAACGAAAGAAAUCAGCACCGGCCAUACCGCCAAUUGUCACCCAACAGCCGCCCAGUGCCGAGGCCAGCUCCGACGAGGAGGAGGGCGAGGACGAAGAUGACGAUGAGGAUGAGAACGAUGCAAUUGGCACUGGCGUUGAUCUCGUCAGCAACACACAGGGCACCGCCAAGGAGCGCUCCCGAUCGCAGAGCAUACAGUUGGCCAACAAGGCAAAAUUUGGAUCAAAGGGUGCUCUACACUCGCCCGUCGGCUCGGCGCACAGCUUCGAUCUGCAGUCCAAAAAGCCGCAUGCCAAGACAGCGCCGCGCAGACAUGUGGCUAACUGGCGCAUGGAACGACUGGAGGUGGACUCCAAGUCCAAUUCUGAUGAGGAGUUCUUUGAUUGUUUAGACACCAAUGAGACCAAUUCCCUGGCCAAAUGGAGCUCCCUGGAGCUGCUGGGCGAGGGCGAUGACAGCCCACCGCCACAUGGUGGCCCCUCCAGCGGUAGCUCUGUGGUGGGUGGUGGUCGCGGCCACCACACUGGUGGAAAACAGGAGGAUAGCAUUUUCAAUCAGGACUUUCUAAUGCGCGUCGCCUCGGAGCGCGGCAACAAACGACAGUUGCGCUCCUCGGCCAGUGUGGAUCGCAGCCAUGAUUCGUCGCCGCCAGGAUCGCCGAGCACGCCAUCGUGUCCAACCACCAUACUGAUGCUGGUCGUUCAUGCCGGCAGUGUGCUGGAUGCCGCCAGUGAGCUGACGGCCAAGAAAUCAGAUGUCACCACAUUCCGCGGCUCGUUUGAGGCCGUAAUGCGGCAGCACUAUCCCAGCUUGCUGACACACGUGACGAUCAAAAUGGUGCCCUGUCCAUCGAUAUGCACCGAUGCUUUGGGUAUACUGUCCAGCCUCAGUCCAUACUCGUUCGAUGCCUCGCCGUCGGCCGCAGAUAUACCGAAUAUAGCCGAUGUGCCCAUUGGGGCCAUACCCCUGCUGGCUGUCGCCUCGCCCGAGUUCCACGAGACCGUCACCAAGACGGUGGCCGCCGCCAAUAUUGUGUAUCAUGAGUUUUUGAAAUCGGAAGAGGGACAUGGCUUCUCCGGUCAGAUUGUAAUGCUCGGGGAUUCCAUGGGCUCGCUGCUGGCAUACGAGGCCUUGUGCCGCUGCAACGGCAGUCAGCCGGGCACCGCUGGAUUGGGGGCCUCAAACUCGGGCGGUGAUGCUGUCGCUGGCAGCGGUAGCAGCAGCAAUGCCCAUCCGAUAAACAGCCGACACUCGCGACUGGACGAUGAUGAGCGUUUCAUUGAGGCCGAUCUGGAUGCCAAGCGUUUGCUGGUGGCCCCAUCGCCGCGUCGUCGUCGCUCCAGCUCGUCCAGCGAUUCGCGGCUCACCAAACUGGACUUUGAAGUCAGUGACUUUUUCAUGUUCGGCUCGCCGCUGUCCGUUGUACUGGCCGCCCGCAAGCUGCAUGAUGCCAAGACGGCAUUGGUGCGACCGAACUGCCAUCAGGUGUACAAUUUGUUCCAUCCAACCGAUCCGAUUGCCGCGCGGCUGGAGCCGCUGCUAAGUGCACGCUUCUCCAUACUGUCGCCGGUGAAUGUUCCACGUUAUGCCAAAUAUCCGCUGGGAAAUGGCCAGGCAUUGCAUUUAUUGGAGGUUAUUCAAUCGCAUCCGCAGCACUUUAACGAUGGCAACAAUAUACUGGCCGGACGUCGCCUUUCGGACGCCUCCAUGCAGAGCACGAUUUCCGGACUAAUUGAGAACGUUUCCCUCAGUACAAUUCAUGCCCUUCAAAACAAAUGGUGGGGUACCAAGCGCUUGGACUAUGCCCUGUACUGUCCCGAAGGCUUGAGCAAUUUUCCCGCUCAUGCAUUGCCGCAUCUGUUCCAUGCCAGCUACUGGGAGAGCCCCGAUGUGAUUGCGUUUAUAUUUCGACAGAUUGGCAAAUUUGAGGGCAUACCAUUUGUGGGCUCCAACGAUGACAAGGAUGCGGCCUCCUUCCAUCCGGGACAGCCGCGCGAAAAGUGGAUCAAGAAGCGCACAUCGGUCAAGCUGAAAAAUGUGGCCGCCAAUCAUCGGGCCAACGAUGUGAUUGUCCAGGAGGGACGUGAGCAGCGUUUGAAUGCUCGUUUUAUGUACGGUCCCCUGGACAUGAUCACGCUGCAUGGCGAGAAGGUGGAUGUGCAUAUUAUGAAGGAUCCACCGGCCGGCGAGUGGACAUUCCUCACCACCGAAAUGACCGACAAAAAUGGACGCAUCUCGUACAGCAUACCCGAUCAGCUGUCCCUCGGCUAUGGCAUUUAUCCGGUGAAGAUGGUCGUACGCGGCGAUCAUACAUCGGUGGACUGCUAUAUGGCCGUGGUGCCACCACUCACCGAGUGUGUUGUCUUUAGUAUUGAUGGCUCCUUUACCGCCUCGAUGUCGGUGACGGGUCGCGAUCCCAAGGUGCGUGCCGGCGCCGUUGAUGUCUGCCGCCAUUGGCAGGAGCUGGGCUAUCUGCUCAUCUACAUCACUGGUCGUCCGGAUAUGCAGCAACAGCGUGUCGUCUCGUGGCUGAGCCAGCACAAUUUCCCCCAUGGAUUGAUCUCAUUCGCCGACGGUCUGUCCACCGAUCCGUUGGGCCACAAGACCGCCUAUCUUAACAAUCUGGUGCAGAACCAUGGAAUCUCAAUUACGGCCGCCUAUGGCAGCAGCAAGGAUAUUACCGUCUACACAAAUGUGGGCAUGCGUACCGAUCAGAUUUUUAUUGUGGGCAAGGUGAGCAAGAAGCUACAAUCGAAUGCCAUUGUGCUCAGCGAUGGCUAUGCGGCCCAUUUGUCUGGCCUUCAGGCAGUGGGCGGUUCGCGUCCGGCCAAGGGGAAUGCGCGCAUGGUCAUACCCAGGGGAUGUUUCAAUUUGCCCGGCCAGACGGCAAAUCCGCGACGCCGAAGCAAUGCUUUCGAGCUGCAAUUGGCAACCAACAACAACCACAACACGGGAAACGGCAACCAUCAUUAUCAACAUCAGAACAACAACAGUCACAGUCACAGUCACAGCCAUAGUCUGGGCCAACUCAACGAGGAUAUGGCAUUCAUGGCUGACUGACAAAGAGUUAAAAUUAAACUACCACACCCCACAACACCACCAACCACCCAAAGAGCUAGUCGUCCUUAUAGAUUGUUAUGGUAUUUUUCACCUGUUUUUCCCUGCUUUCGUUUAAGUAUACC